UAUUUUUGGAAUUUACAAAGUUUAUUUGCAAUUUCCGAUUUAUCAGUCAAUAGUUCGUCUCCAUUUUUAAGGUGAUGUAUGCUAGAUUUAGAACCUUUACCUUUAAUUUUCUGGAUCAUGUUCCAUACCUUAGACAUGGGCGUACGAGAAUUUAUCUUGGAAACAUAAUUUUGCCAAGAUUGGCGUUUAUUUUGUUUAAACGUACGUCUGGCUUUAGCAUUUAAAAUUUAAAAUUUAUUCAAAUUAUGUACCAUGGGAUGGCGACGGAAGUAGUGUUCAGCCUUUUUCCGUGCCUUCCUAGCUUGUUUGCAGUCAUCGUUAAACCAUGGUUUACGAAUGUGAGGAUUAGUAGAGGACUUAGGAAUACAGUCAUCAGCGAUUUUGUUUAAUUCAUCAGAAAAUAAUUGUACAGGGUCAGUAGCAUCAAGAAACAGAUCAGGUUGUAACUUUUUGGAUGCAAGUAUUUCGAAUAAAGGCCAGUUAGCCUUAGUAAAGUUCCAUCUUGUUGAAGGAGGAACAUCGGGAGGUAAGACGGGUUUUAAAAUGGUUGGGAAAUGAUCACUUCCACAGAGGUCUUCAUGGACGGACCAUUCAAAUUUGUUUAAUAAUUCAGAAUCUGUUACUGACAAAUCGAGAGCAGAGUAGGUACCUGUACCGGGAUGCAGAUACGUAUUUGAACCAUCAUUAUGGAUACACAAAUCGUUGCUGGAAAUGAAAUCUUCCAAAAGUUUCCCCUUGUUAUUAGUCUGAACACUACCCCAAAGUGGAUUGUGUCCAUUUAAAUCGCCCAUGAUAAUACAGGGCUUUGGGAGUUGAUCAUAGAGAGCUUGAAGUUCAGACUGUCGGAGAGAAGAAGAUGGUGGAAUAUAGAGCGAGCACAAUGUAAACACAAUGUGCAGAGUCACAAGGACUGCAACAGCUUGAAGGGGGGUUGCAAGAUGGACGGGGCUAUGGAUAACACCUUGUUUUAUUAAGAUUGAAGAGCCCCCAGUGGCCUUUGCACCAGGAGGUGAAAAUACAUUGUAGGAGGAAUAACCUCGUAUAUCAAAUGUGUCAGUUUCUUUGUAGUAUGUUUCUUGUAAACAUAAUGCUGAUGGUUUAAAAUCUUGAAUUAAGAGUUGUAAAUCGUUACAAUUAUUCCUAAGUCCUCCACUGUAUUAAAUGUGAUGAUUGAGUCACGGUGGCUCAAUUGGUGAAUGCUCACGAGAAUGUGAGGAAGAAGAACCCCUUCUGGUCUCUGGAGAUGGGGUGACAUCCAUGUCAAGAGCAUCAAAGGGGUUGUUGAGAAAAACCUCUGAAGACGAGGAUUUCAAAGUAGUUUGUUUUCUGUUUAAUUUUUUUCUUUCUUUUCUUGUCAGAGUAACAACGGCAGAGUCGAUAGUAGCUGGUUCUACAGCCUCUGGAUCUUUAGCAACAGACUCCACACCAGCUUCAGCAGUCAAAGUUGGCACAUUUCACUUCAGCCGUGCAGUCGGUGUUGUCAUGGCCUUCGCCACAGCGCUGACAGACUACAGAGUGAUUGCAAAAUUUAGAACCAUGUCCAAACUUUUGGCACUUGAAACAUCGGAGUGGAUUGGGGACAUACACCUCCACUCCGAUGUUGAGAUAACCAGCUUUGAUUGACUUAGGAAGGGCCGAAAGAGCAAAGUUUUAAAGAGAGAAAAAUAUGUACAAAAGAAACUAGAAUCAGCAUCAAAGAAGAAGGACUGUGAUGUGAUAAGACUGUGGAUCAAGUCCAUCUCUAAUCACAUGUACUGGGUGGCUGCUGGUGGGGGAGAGGCACAGUACAUGCUGGAGAAGUGGCAGUCAGUUACCAACCAUGUCUCCAACAUCCACUCACACCAAGGAAAGCUGUACACAGAAUGCCCACAUGGACCAAUUGAUCAAGAGCGAGAUUGGAUCAGGCCAGGAAGCCGUGCUUACAAUGCAGUGAAGGAAGUUGUGGAAAGCAAAUAUCUGCUACGUGGUAUUCCUAAAUUGUCAACUCUCUAUCAGACCUAUUCACUUGAAGUUUUCCACAAUGUGGUAAACCACUUUGCACCAAAGUCACAUCACUUCUUCUACCCAGCAAUGAAAGCAAGGAUGUACAUAGCAGCAUUUCACUACAAUGAAAACAGCCAGAAUACCCAAGCAGUGACCAAGGCUGGAGAGCCCAGGUGGACAAUCAGUUACCCCAAAGCCAAGAAGGGGACAUCCUCCGUGGCCAAGCCAGUAAACAAGGGACCAACAUAUGAGUAUGUGGAAUUCUUGCUCAAUGCAAUUGUGGAGAGAAGAAAAAAGUUUCCUUCCUACAAGAUGGCAGGAAGUGACUAUGAAAGACAGACAGCUGAUUGUCCAGGAUUUCUUACACAGAGUUUUGUUAGAACAAGUAAACAGGAACUUGUGAAUUCUCUGACUGAUAUAAACUGAAAUCAUAAGUACCUAAUGUAUAAAUGUCUGAUGUAUAAGCUUAAGUCAUAAGUUCCUGGUUAAAGAACUGAAAUCAUAAGUGUCUGAUGUAUGACCUGAAAUCAUAAGUGUCUGAUGUAUGAACUGAAAUCAUAAGUGUCUGAUGUAUGAACUGAAAUCAUAAGUGUCUGAUGUAUGAACUGAAGUCAUAAGUGUCUCAUGUGUGAACAGAAGUCAUAAGUGUCUCAUGUAUGAACUGAAAUCAUAAGUGUCUGAUGUAUGAACUGAAAUCAUUAGUGUCUCAUGUAUGAACUGAAGUCAUAAGUAUCUCAUGUAUGAACAGAAAUCAUAAGUGUCUGAUGUAUGAACUGAAAUCAUAAGUGUCUCAUGUAUGAACUGAAAUCAUAGGUGUCUCAUGUAUGAACUGAAGUCAUAAUUGUCUCAUGUAUGAACUGAAGUCAUAAGUGUCUCAUGUAUGAACUAUAAUCAUAAGUGUCUCAUGUAUGAACUGAAGUCAUAAGUAUCUCAUGUAUGAACAGAAAUCAUAAGUGUCUGAUGUAUGAACUGAAAUCAUAAGUGUCUCAUGUAUGAACUGAAUACAUGUACGUUCUGUAAAUUGAAAGAUUUUGUUCGGAUCUAGGAAUGAGCAAUGUACAUGACUAGUGUUCUUAAUCGGUGACUUGAAAUUGUAUAAUAUUGUUACCAUACCGGAAUAAUUAUGUUCAGAUGUCAUAAUUCAUUGCGUGUCAGAACAGGUCUUCAGCAACCCAUGCUUGCCAUAUUAGGUGACUAUGCUUGUCGUAAGAGGCGACUAACGUGAUCUGGUGGUCAGGCUAGCUGACUUGGUUGAUGCAUGUCAUCGUAUCCCAACUGC